GCCGCACGGGCCCGCGUGACACACCGCGGAGGGAGAAAAGAGACUCGUGACUUCGUAUCCACGCUUCGCACAGCGAACGGGUGAACAAUCGUGAAACGCGAGCGUGCGAGUAAGAGGGCUGUAGUUUUGAGAACUUUGAUGUGUAUAGAUAAAGGUACAAUUAUUAGUAUCCGCUUUCACUGCUUGUAUAUGUAAUCGAAUAACAUGAAUAGGAGAUAAAUAGGUAUAGCACAAAGUAUCUAUGAUCAUAUAUGACAAAGUAAUCGAAUAGCCUACUGGUCGCGGCAGCUCGAAUCUCUGCCUUCUUCCCGAUCUCGGAGUAGAGCCCGGGUCCCGCGGCGGCCAUGGCUAUCGGAGAAGGCAGAGGCGGAGACGACGCUGACGUCGAGGAGGGGGGAUUUUGGGCUGGGGGCGGCGAAACGGGAAGCGGGAUACACGGACCUGCUACUGAGCGGUAUGAGGCAAAUUGAAUUUCUUUUCUAUAUAAUAGAGACGGGAGCAAAGCUCGCCGUUCGUGAUGUCCACGUCGGCCUUUUAUUUUUCAGCCGUCGGAUCUUCAAACAACGGACACGCCAUCACUUAUCGUUUCCCAGCCUCCAUAGUACACGGCGUUUCUAGAAGAUUUCUUUCUAUAUAAUAGAGACGGGAGCAAAGCUCGCCGUUCGUGAUGUUCACGUCGGCCUUUUAUUUUUUAGUCGUCGGAUCUUCAAACAACGGACAUGCCAUCGCUUAUCGUUUCCCAGCCUCCAUAGUACACGACGUUUCCAGAAGAUGCCGGACGGGCGAGGUAAAGCUCGCCGUUCGUGAUGUCCACGUCGGCCUUUUAUUUUUCAGCCGUCGGAUCUUCAAACAACGGACACGCCAUCGCUUAUUGUUUCCCAGCCUCCAUAGUACACGGCGUUUCCAGAAGAUGCCGGACGGGCGAGGUAAAUAAUACUCCCUCCGUUCAUAAAUAUAUGACGCCGUUGACUUUUUUUAAAAACUUUGACUACUCGUCUUAUUCAAAAUAAUCGUGAGUUAUUAUUUAUUUUAUUGGGAUUUAUUUUAUCACUCAAGGUAGUUUGAAUAUGACUUAAAAUUUUAUAUUUUUGAAUAAAUAUUUUGAAUAAGACGAGUCAAAGGUUUCGAAAAAACUAAACGGUGCCAUGUAUUUGUGAACGGCUACGGACAGUAGCCGUGGUCAUCCUUUCGCGAAGCGCCCGUCACAUGCCACAUGUCCAAUCCCCGUCCCCUUCUCCUUCUACCUCCCCAGCCAAGCGCUCCGUCUGAAAGCGCCAUCCACCUCAUUCGUCCAGAGCUUGCCGCCGCUGGUCGCUGCUCCCCUGACGCGUGUGCUGCCACUGGCCGAGGGAGGCCGCCGUCCUGGUGGAUGAGGUCCGCAUGCCGGAGCAAGACGCGAAGGAGCCGGCGUCGGCCGCAGAGCAGAUCUUGACGCCGGAGAAACCGGAGGCGCUAAGAGCGCGCGGCUGCAGCAUGGCGUUCUCCGUUAAGGGCAUCUGUCGAGCCGCGCUUGGGUUGCGGCGGCACAGACUGAGGCGACAACGCUGAUAGCGGAUGACCUCGAGUCUGUCGAGCGGAAGCUCAGCAUUGGCGUCGGGGCUGCACGGAGCCCCGUCAAGCACAACUGCACAAGGCGGAGGUCAAACUGCCGGAGAGGUGAGCCUGCUACUCGGUGCUGCUGACAAUGUCUUCAAGCAAGAGGGUGAAACGGCAUACCUAGCGUCAAAAAGGAAUAUUAAGCAGAGGCUUGUGGCAUUCUACAUGUACCACCCUGAGGAUAGGAGCAAAGGGAGACAUAGUCACACAGUUGGUUGUUUGAUUACCAUGUCACUGAAACAGCAUAUGCCAGGCAUGCAAAGGUCCUUUUUAUCUACUGUUGAAUGAGAAGAUAAAUGAGAAGAGUACCGUCAAAUGAGAAGAGGAAUGGAAGCACAUCAUCUUCUGUCAGCUAAAUCCUGCUCUUACCCUUGGAGUAAAAGCGAGCGUGUAAAACAUACAUGGCACAUGUGAAAUUGAUACAAGUCAAGCUUGAAGGGGGCGUACCAGCUUUUAAAUCUUCUUGUUCUUA